GGGGGCGGGACCGGAAGCACGCGCUCGCCGCCACUUCCUGCUCGGCGUGUCCCGGCGCGGCCGGCAGGUUUUGGGUGUGUGGAAGAUAAUAUUCCCGUGAUCUCCUGAAGCGGGCUGCCAUACAUGCUGAGCAAGAGGAAGAGCCCUUUGUCAUCCCAGUCGUGUGUGGACCUGAGAGGAACAGGAGGAGCUGCUGUUGACCUGAGCUUCUGGGGAGGAUAGAUCAAAAUACAGCCUAUCUGCUUUCCAGAAUGUUUGUUGGAUAUGAAGACUCCGAGGAUACCGACAUGUAUGAAGAUGAACUUUAUCAUGAGGAGUCAUCCAGUGAGCAGAGUGUUGAUAGUGAGGUGGAAUUUCAUCUCUAUAGCCAGAUCCACUACUCCCAAAAUCUUGGAGAAAUCAGCACACUGGAAAUGGAUGAAGAAGCUGCUGUUGCAGGAGCCACGGGUCACAGCUCAGUUCUAACCGAGGAACAGCCUGAAGACAAGAAAAUCACUGAAUUAGUCGGUGGUGGUGCUCAGCUCUCACAUGAUUCUGAGGUCAUCGUCUUGUCUGAUACACCAGAUGAAGACAGUGUUUACAAAAGCAAAGCAAAGAAGUCAACGAGCUCUUCCCCUCAAGGUAGAACACAUGUCCCCCCUGGAUCUUCCACACCGAACCAUGCCGAAGCUGCCGCCUGCAACACCCUGUCUCCUGGGCCGGGCAUGGACCUUUCCAGGGAAAGGAGAAGCACGGGUGGGAAGCCUGACCCAGGUAGUUCUGCUGGAGCUCACACCCUCCAGGACGUGUUCGUCAUAGAUGAUAGCUCGGAGGAGGACAGCUACAUCUCUGACAGUGAGAACGUGGAGAGCUGGAUGCUUCUGGGAGCUGGAGCAGAUGACACAGAUGAAGACAUAAUGUUGAACCUCGAAGGCUGUGCGACUCCUGUCAGCGAAGGAGAAGUUGAUGUGGACUGGUCCAUCUGUAAUAAAGACUUAGAGGCCCAGAUCUCCAACUACGCCCGUGCGCGGCACAGCAGCCUGCGCUACUACACCCCCGACAAAAACGUCACCUGCCGGAGCUGCGGGAGACGGGGCCACCUCUCCAAGAACUGCCCCUCGCCAAAGAAAGUUCCCCCCUGCAGCCUGUGUGCAGGACGAGGGCACCUACAGAACAGCUGCCCAGCACGGUUCUGCUUGAACUGCUGUUUGCCCGGGCACUACUUCAGGGAAUGCCUGGAGAGAGCCUACUGGAACAAACACUGCCAUCGCUGCGACAUGAAGGGGCAUUACGCUGAUGCUUGCCCAGAAAUAUGGAGGCAGUAUCACCUAACAACGAAGCCAGGGCCCAUCAAGGCGGGCAGUCCUCACCCGGAGCGCUCGGCCUCGGCGUACUGCUACAACUGCUCCCGCAAAGGACACUUCGGAUAUGAGUGCUCGGAGAAGCGGAUGCAGGGGAGCAUGUUCCCUACUUCUCCAUUCAUCUGCUACUACGAUGAUGAGCACGACAUCAAGAAAAGAGCAAACAGGUUGCAACGGAAGGCUGCAGAACUGCAGGAAGCCGGCCUUCUGCCAGAACAGCCAGAGACACAGUGGCAGGAAGAAAAACAUGGGGAGCACAGUCAUAAGAAAAAGAGCAAGCCCUGGAAAGAGCACAGGAAACAUGACAAAGAUGGCAAGUGUCACAAAAAGGUGAAGUUGUCCCGGGCAGAGAAAUGCAGAGGAGAGAAACGCAGAAGUGAUUUUGAAGUCAGCCACAAUUUGGAGGAGGACUUCCCCAGAGGGUGUAAAAGGCAGGCACGCAAGGGCAGCAAAAUCCAACACAAGUCCAUUUUCCAGGCAUUCUCAGGCAGCAAAGCUGCGCAGGGGCCUCUGGAAGGUGCUAAAAGGAAGAAGAAAUGGAAAAAGCAGAGAGACGAUAGUCCUGAUGUCAACGAGAAUUUAUUCCUCAUAAAACAGAGGAGGAAGAAGUCCAAACAGAAAUCCUGGUGAUGAGGAAGGGGAUGGAUGGCACUGGUUAUUGGCUCUGGCUCUGCUUUCUGUUUAUUUUCGUCCUCUUUUUAGCACAUUGAAUCUGAGUCCGUCCCUGGCGCUGGCUGUUUGGGCACCAGCCACAGCCCGACCUCGGUCUCACUCCCAACCAGAGCGCUGUGUCCGUGGAGCAGCCCACGGGUGGGACGCCGGGCUCUCGCUGCACUUCUCAGUGCCCCACAAUAGGUUAUAAUGUUAUUUUCUUUGCUUGAGGGGUGGGGGGGAAGGGGCCAUGCUGGGUUUGGUAAGUUUUGUUUCUUCACCGGUGAGAUGUUGCUCUGCCUUCAGGAGCAGGCUCUGCUGCUGGGGAGCACGAUGCCUUCAGAGCUGACGCUGGAGGGGGAAACUGGGGAUAGAGCUCAGGGAUGUGGGUGUAAAACAUGUUCCCUGUGGCCACUUAAUCCUCUCCAGAGCGCAGCUGGGCAGUUUUUUUCUCCUCCAUCCCUCCUGGAAGGUGCUGUGAAGUUGUUGCCUUGCACUUGGGGCCGUGGCAGUCUCCCGCCUCGUGCUUCGAGGUGGUGGUGGGUCCAUCGAGCCGCCCAGCGUCGGCGAGCUCCACGCCAGCCCCUUCCCCACCCCAGCCAACUUGGCACCGCAGGAGGGAUGGAGCAGAAUUAAAUAUGUCCGUGUUCCCCUGUGGAAUCUGUUUCUGGAGGAAAAGCUGCAGAGUAUGAAAAUGUACUUGAUUCCAGACAUACUGUGCUAAAAUUUAAUAAUUUUUUUAAAGACCGUUAUUUUUGUACACUGGAAUUAAACAAGUGUGUUGUUAAAAGCUUUGUAAGAAUAAAUGCUUCAUCAAAGGAACAACCUAAAUAAAACUUCACAUGGGGGAUAUUAAAACCA